CCAAUAUUAAUAUAAUAUAAGAUAUACCUUAGUCUAUUAAGCAUUUUUAAUACAUUUAUUAUUCCUUCUCAGACUUCUCUCUUUGACUCUUCUCUUUUGUCAGUUUUUGUUUAUGCUCCGAAAUUAUAUCUCUGAGAUUAAAUCCAAUAACCCGAUGCUUCUCUUGAGCUUGGUCUGAUCUCCUCUAAGUUUUCAAAUAGAUAUUUGUCUUUUCAUUUUCUCAACUACAACUUCUCUCUGAGAUUUUAGAUAAAGAUUAGCUUUCAUACUGUCAACUGCUGUAUAAAUUCUAUUCUUUUGUGACUCAAUGUCCUUCUUAGAAGACUCAAGUUCAUUUUCUGAUUGAUGCAGCUUAGACUCGCACAUUUGAGUAAUUUCUUCGUUGAAUUUUAUAAGCUUCUGAAAAGUUUCUUGUAUUGCUUUAUGUAUCUUCAAUUACCCUUCUUUAUAGGAAAUUUUGUAAAAAAUUUACCUAGGUUAAGCUUGUUAUCGAGAUCAGCUACCUCCUCUUCUUGAUUGGUAUUCAAAUUUUCCAACAAAAUGAUCAAAAUUUCAAUUUUUCAAAACUAA